GGCAGCGAUGAAGGGCCACGACACGGCGCUGGUGGACGUCAGCGACGAAGUUCUCGCAAAGUCCAAGCUUGCGAUAACGAAGAGCCUCGGACGCAUACAGGAGAAAUUCUCGCAGGACCCCAAGUACGGCUACCUUGAGGGAGCGGAGGUGUUCAUGUCGAGCGCUCUCAAGCGGCUGACGCUGACGACGGACAUGAAGGCGUUCGUCGAGUCGGCAGACAUCGUCAUCGAGUCGAUCGUAGAGAACAUUGACGCAAAGAAGAAGCUGUUCGCGGAGGUCGACAAGGUUGCGGCACCGAAGUGCAUAUUUGCGAGUAACACGUCUUCGCUCCCCAUUGCUGAGAUCGCCUCCGCCACCAACCGCAAGGACCGCUUUGGCGGACUCCACUUCUUCAACCCCGUGCCCGUCAUGCGUCUGCUAGAGGUCAUCAAGACGGAUGACACCACGGAGGGCACGUUCAACGCUCUGAUGAAGUUCGGAACCAACCUGGGCAAGCACUGCGUCACCUGCAAGGACACGCCAGGAUUCAUUGUCAACCGUCUUCUAGUGCCCUACCUCGGUGAGGCCGUACACAUGGCAGAGAGAGGUGACGCCACCAUUGCGGACAUCGACAUGGCGAUGAAACAUGGCGCGGCGUACCCGAUGGGACCGUUUGAGUUGGCGGACUUUGUCGGAUUGGACGUCGUCAAAUUCAUCCUCGACGGCUGGAACGAGAAGUUUCCGGACGUGGAGCUGUUUAGGACUAGUCCGCUGCUGGACAGGCUGGUCAGCGAGGGCAAACUCGGACGCAAGACGGGAGAGGGCUUCUACAAAUACGACAAGUAGACGACCCGGGUUUUACCCGCGGCCGGCAUCCGGGAGACGACCCGGGUUUUACCCGCGGCCGAGAGACGACCCGGGUUUUACCCGCGGCCGAGAGACGACCCGGGUUUUACUCACGGCCGAGAGACGACCCGGGUUUUACCUGCGGCCAGCGGCCGAGAGAAGACCCGGGUUUUACCCACGGCCGUCGGCCGAGAGACGACCCGGGUUUUACCCGCGGCCGUCGGCCGAGAGACGACCCGAGUUAUACCCGCGGCCGAGAGACGACCCGGGUUUUACCCGCGGCCGGCGUCCGCGGCGACGCCGUGGUAAUGCCACCGCCGGGGAAAACACGCAGACGACGCCGACGGCGGUGGAUGAAACAAGAGGGGCUCUGCCGGGGGAUUUUUCGGAGGUGGGGUUUUUUGUAUGAUUUUACGGUGAGAGGGACAUGGGAGGGCGUCCGGAAUUGGAGAAGGGGGCACCCACCGCGUACGACUUGUGUGCGUGCGAGUUUUCGUAGUUAGUACAGAGAACGGUAAACGUUGAUUAAGAGUUAUCGAUUAGCUUAGAGGAGAUGAUUGUUGGGCAAAGCGGUCGCACGGACGUCGCUUUUGUGAUUUCACGGUCGGUGGUGACAUAGCUGACGUUGAAGGAAAUAUCUCUAUGUCUAGCGUCAACCUUUGUUGUUCCAAUCUUUAUUGUUCCAAUGACAUUAACUUUAUGCUUUCAUUAUUCUGAUGACUUUGGCAUUGUUUCAAUGACAUUCAUAUAGUUCUGAUGACAUUGGCAUUGUUUCAAGGACGUUCACAUUAUUCUGGUGACAUUUACAUUGUUUCGAUGAUAUUCACGUUAUUCCGGUGACAUUGACAUUGUUUCGAUGACAUUCACAUUGUUUAUAUGACGUUCUUAUUGUUUCGAUGACACUCACGUUAUUCCAGUGACAGUCGCAUUGUUUCGAUGACAUUCGCAUCGUUUCGGACGGUUCCGAUUCGUCACUCUUGAUUUGUAUAACAUCGUAUAUCUGCAUUUGUCUAGCGCCUCUAGACACUCUAGAGCCUCGCGUGCGUGCUGUCCAUGGCAGAUGUGUUCAUGCUCAGGCUGUGUACUAUACAUGUCUGUCGCCAAAGCUCUGUCCACCAAUAAAAAUGCCUGCGCGUACCUCGCGUGCAACUACUACUCAAUCA